CCCUCAUUCCCCAACCUUGCAUAUAAUCUUGGCCUUUCUUUUUUAACAUGUCGACGUAAAACCAGCCUGGUUUCCCUCGGUAAGUUCCUUUUUGACAUCUAGUCCCUUUCUCACCUUGGCUUUUCUUGGUCUUUCAGAUCUGUCUAUACUUGAUAUCCCGUUUCUAACAGGGUUUAGUUCUUGUGAUACAUUGUGAACUCUUUUUUAUUAUUCCUUAUUCUUGCAGGGAAUCUCUAGCUUUGUCCACCCCCCGCAAAUACCUUGUCUAUGUCCCAGUCCCGCCAGUUGGACGACGAUACCGAUAUGGCUAUUUCGUAUACGCAGCCGUCCGUCGGACACCAAACACUCCCCUCAUUCCGCGAGCUCCUCCCCGCUCACCUUCACGAUGAAAUCGAGUCAACCUCACCAUACUAUACCUCACCACGCUCACAAGACCGCCCGGGCUCCGGCCACGAAAUGGCCGACCCCCGCUCUAUCCCAUAUGGAACCCCUACCAAAGUGCCAUACGACGCACACCGUGAAUAUACAGUCUCCCGCGGCGAACGCAUGGACCCGGGUCACGCUAUGCGGUUUUCCGAAGGCGCAUCCCGCGGCCCGAGUCCAAUCCUCCCACCUAUCCGAGACCUGGACACGAUGUCAGGUCGCCCAGUAAAUCAUAAGGGCUACGAGCGCGCCCCCAGAUCGGACCCUUUUGUCACUCAGGAAUAUCGCCAGCCCGGCCCGGCCCCAAUGGCUGCUAUGCCCGAUCGCCGCAGUGCUGAGCAAUAUGCCCCAAUAAUGCACCCUCAAUCACCAUAUGGACAUCCCACCAUGGGGUACGAUGAGCAGGUCUCACCCCAGAUGAUUGCGCACGGACAACAGGCCAACUUCGGAAUUAUGGGGGAUCCUAUUGAUCCCAAGACAAAGCGCCGACGUGGGAAUCUCCCCAAGCCUGUUACUGAUAUCCUGCGUGCCUGGUUUCAUGAACACCUUGAUCACCCUUACCCAAGUGAAGAGGACAAGCAAAUGUUCAUGACAAGGACUGGACUCUCAAUUAGCCAGAUUAGCAAUUGGUUCAUCAAUGCCCGUCGACGACAACUGCCUGCUUUGCGUAACCAGAUGCGCAGCGGUCCAGAUGCCGAUUCCCAGCGACAGUCUCCUUUCAGUGACAUGGAUAGUGAACUACCCUCUCCUCACCAUUGA